GUUGAAGCUCCUAUUGGCUCAGUGGAAGUGUCAAUCAUCUGCUCCUCCAAUCAGACUUCAGUGUUCUGCUCCUCUGAGGGCGAUCAGAUCAUCUACAGCUGGACUCUGAAUGGAAAAAUACUAGAAGAAGGACCAAUGAUUGGAAACAGCAGCAUUGAUCUGGAUGAGGGAACUGAUGGAAACAUCAGCUGCAGCGUGAAGAACCACGUCAGUCACGCACAGAACACCAUUAGACUCAAACCCUGUCCUGGUCUGGAUCGGUUCUGCAGGUUUAAUCAGUCAGAUCCCUGUUACACAGCUCUGGGACACAAACUCAAUCUGAUGAUGGUGCUGGACGCUAGUGAAUAUGACCUGAAGAUCAUAAAGAGAAUAAUCAACACAGCAGAUGGCCCAGUUUGUAGAGUAAAGAAUGGCAGGAUGAGGGAUUGUGAUCUUUAUAAUAACAGACCUGGAGUGACCGUCAUUAAUGAGACUCUGAUAAUAAACCGUGUGAUCAGAGCAGAUUCAGGGAAUUACAGAUUAAAACUCGAUAGCUCAGACGGCACAGAAACAUCUAGAGAUCUUCAAGUGAUUGUUGAAGCUCCUAUUGGCUCAGUGGAAGUGUCAAUCAUCUGCUCCUCCAGUGGGGUGAUGAGGGUGUCCUGCUCCUCUGAGGGGGAUCCGCUCCUCUACAGCUGGACUCUGAAUGGAGAUCCACUGAUGGAUGGAAACAGCAGCAUUGAUCUGGAUGAGGGAACUGAUGGAGACAUCAGCUGCAGCGUGAAGAACCACGUCAGUCACGCACAGAACACCAUUAGACUCAAACCCUGUGCUGGACCAACUACUGCAGCUGUGACCUCUAGUUUGACCUCUAGUGUGACCUCUAGUGUGACCUCUGCAGUGACCAGCAGCACACAGACAUCAGAAAAUGAUACAAGUUUCUCAUCGGCUGGUAUAAAUGUCACCAUGAAUGUCACACCAAGCCCUGAAGCAUUUCGAUGGAUGUGUGAGUGUUGA